GUUUCCAACAUAUUUAUAUUUAUUUAUUUAUAUUUUUCAAAAAAAUAGUACAAUUUCAUGUACUUAAGUAAACUAUUGUUAAGGACAUAGUAGUAUAUGCAUCAAAACAGAGUACGUCUGGUCACCAUAGUAUUGAUAAUAUUGCUAAAAACUUUUGUCCAAAUACGGUGAGUGGGGGACAGGAAUGAAAAAAAUACGGUCACGUUAAGUAGAUACGUGGCACGUGCCGAUUUUACACUCUUAUGGAUAGGCGGGUAGAUAAGUACACUCGACAACUGCGCAAUAUUAUAAAAUAAUUACAGUAGAUAAUACAGUGGGUACCUACCUACACCUAUAACUAUGUAGUAGGUAGUUCGUUAUUUUGUAAGUAUUAAUAUUAUUUAUUAUUACAAUAAUGGGCCAUUGAAUUCGUUUUCAUCAUUAUCUCUGUUGGAAUAUUAUAAAAUAUAUUGUUAUCAUUGUUCAGUUUUUUGUGUUCCCCGUAUCACUGUCGCUGACACCUACUCCGCCUCUUGCUCCUCCGCCGCCGCUUCCACCCUGUCGAUUGCUCAUCGUCUGCCCAUAUAUUAUGAUUAUACAUUGAUAAGUUUUGACUAUUGAACUUUACGCUAAGGCCGUGUCUUCGUUUUUCUCGUUGUAUUUACAAAACAUAAAUAUACCUAUUACCUACCUACGAAUCAGUAUUAUUAUUUUAUUUUUGUUCACCCCUUGACAACAAUAACUACAGUAUAUAGUUAUUAGGUAUUAGGGACUUACAAUCAUUACGAGUUUUUGAUGGAUUAUCGCGAUGGCCUAGAACUUCAAUACGACAACGAUAUCCCAUCGAAAAGUACCGACCGUGUUGACACGAAACGAUUACCUUUAACGCCAACAACGGCAUAUAUGCUGUCACAUCGAUUGCUCGCGACGGCCGAGACCUUCCCGUCUGUGGUGGUAGCGGCGCCGGUAGUUGUCAUUCCUUCCGUACAAUUCUGAAAUAAUGUCCCGCAACGUCAAUCAGUCUAAAACAACCGCCGCGACAACACUAAAAUGACGAGCCCGACCUCAUCGUCAACGAUGGAAAGUGAUACCGACUUUUAUUUUCUGGACAAAAAACCAAAGACCACUCCAGUGGAAAACGAUUACAAGAUAUCCAACAACGUGCUUGGGUUGGGUAUCAACGGCAAGGUGGUCCAAUGUUUUUCAGUUGUUACGAGCGAAAAGUUUGCUCUCAAGGUUUGUAUGCUAAAGGCACCGCAACGUUGAUGUUUUCAUUUUUUUAUUUAAACCCCCUUCAAAAAGGUCCUCGUAGACUGUCACAAGGCCAAGAGAGAAAUCGAUCUUCACUGGAGGGCGAGUGGCUGUAUAAACAUUGUCAAUAUAAUUGAUGUAUACGAAAACAUUUACUUGGACAAGAGAUGUCUGCUAGUGAUUAUGGAAUGGUAAGCUUUAAGAGUAUGAUAAUAUCAUAAAUACAUUAUUAUUAAUAUAUUAUUUAGUUACUGUAUAAAACAUUUAUAUCAUUAAUAAGUACAGCUAGGUUGAUAUAUAGAUAGGUAGUGUUCUAUGAUGAUGUCAGUUAGGUAAUUUUUUAACAAAACAAUAAAUAUAUUGCUUUGUGAAAGUAUUGGUUUUAAACCGAUUACCUAUACCUUUAGAUUUUAAAGUAUUUGUCCUUUAAUUAAAUGUUUUUAUUAUUUUACUAAAUAAUUAAAAACUCAAAUUUGUUUUAUGUUUAUAAUUACGUAAUCUAUUAUUUACCGAUCUACUGUAAUUAUCUUAUUUAAAUAACCAUCAUUAAGAAAACUGUACUAAAAUUAAAUAAUAUUAACUACUUUAAUGCUAAUCAAGGUAAUCACAAUAAUUCAACAAUUAAUUUUUCUAAUUUUUCUUUUGAUUUUUGUUCAAAUUUUUCUAAAUUUUAUAAGUACUUAAUAAUUGGUUAAAACAAAAAGAACAGGUAUUUAUUUUUAUGAUUAUUCAAUUUUUUAAUUUUUGGUUUAUCAUGUUGAUGUGAUAUAGUAAUAAAUCUAUAUCUGAUUUAACAUGUAAAAUAUUUUUUUUAAAUUUUACAUUAAAUAAAUAUAUAUAUAUAAUUUCUUCUUUAGUUGAAUUUCUUGUUUGUUUUUUUUUUAAUUUAAAAAAAAAAAUAGUAAUUUAAUUAGUUAUAGUAUUUUACAUCUUUUGAUUUUUUUUGUUUUUUGUUGGAUUUUACAACUAAAUUGUUCUCAAUAUUUUCGAACAAAAUUGAAUGAAGAUUAUCCAACAAGUAUUUUGUAGAUUCAAAAACUUCUCUCUAUCUCCAUAGAUUUGAGUUGUGUGUGUUUAAAAUACAUAAUAUUGUUGAUAUUCAUAUUAACUGGUAAACCAUUUUAAUCAUUUAAAUUACUAUCUUCUAAUAUUUUUGAAAUCGUUUGCAUUUUUUUUAAAACCAAAUUAAAUUUAUUUUUCAAACUUGAUAACCUAUAUUUCUGUAAGCCCGUUUUAUAUUAAGUUUCUUUAUUUUUAUUAUUUUAAUUGAAUCGGCCAAACUAAUUUUAGAAGAUUAAUUUAGUUAUUGAAUCUGGUAUAGUUCGAAAAUUUGAUUUUAUGUAAAUUAAAUUUAACUCUACUUCUGAAUCAAAUAAAAAGUUUAAUAUAUUUUCAAUAGAUUGUUGUGUUACUUUAUCCAAUUUUGUAAAACAAUGUUUUCAAAAUGUUAGAAGUAAUAAAAUGCUGUGCUUAGCCAUAAUCUCAAACUAGUGAGUACUAGAUGUGAUAAAAUGGUAGUAAGCGUAAAUUCUUUGAAUUUUGUACUCUUUAAUGGACUUUUAAAAAUAUUAUAUUUUUCCAUUUGAAAUGACUUAGGAAAUAUUCUUCAGUAACCCUAUGUAAUCUAUGUGCUGUACAUGUAACAUGAAUCAUAUUUUCUUAAAAUUCUUGAAUACAAUUACUCACUUUUACCUUUUAUAGUGAGAGUCACUUAAUAAAACCAAUAUUUCAUCGUGUUUAAUUCUAUUUGGCCAAAUAAUGUGAAGGAAUUUAUCAACAAGCUUAAAAAUUAUACUUUUAUUGACUAUUUCUAGAACUUCAAUAUUAAUAAGAAAAUGUUUCUCUUGAAUAUCUAGUUCCAAUGUACCUAUGACAACAUUUGUAACAUACUGUCCUACAUCAGUAGAUUCUUUUUAAUAGAUAGCCAUAGUUUUUUAUUCUCUGCAUAGUUUCUAACUUUUUUAAUAUAUUGCAUAGCAUUCUUGAAUAUUAUAUAUUAAAACAAGAAAAAUAUAUUAUGUUUUUCUUAAAUUUGGUUAGAAUAAUUUUAUUUGCCCAUGUUUCCAAAAAAUGUUUAAAUAUAACAUUUUUUAAUUUUUGGAGGGGAUUUUUGUAGAUAAUAAGGACAUAAUAAAUAUUGAGUUUUUAAAUGAAUUGGUAAUUAAACCUUGAAUUCACUUUUAAAUUUUCUAAAUCAUAUAGUGACAAUGCAAUAUACUACUCUCAAAAAUUAUAAAGAUGUAUUCAAUGACCAAAAAAUUAAUAAUAUUUGUUUCUUGCAUAUAUCUCUCACAACUUUUCAGCAAUUUGUAGCAUACCACAUAUAUUUUUUUAAUCGUUCAGUGCUCAUCCAUUUCCAACACAUGCAACAUAUGUGCACAUAUUGUGUUGCAUAUUGUGUCACAAACUGGUUUUUUGUUAUUAGUUUAUUUAAUUAAUUAAUUUAGUUUAAUUUUUGAUUUAUGUUAAAAAAAAAGUACUACCUCGAUUUGAAAUUGUAUGGUGAAUUGACUAAAGUUAAGUCUUUAAAUUAAUUUCUGAAAAAUAUUCAAAUUUAUGUGUGUACCAAAUAUGGCACAAUACGCUUUAAUGACAUGACUAUUUGUUCAAAUAUUCAUUUUACCAUACUGUUACAUAUUACUCUAUGCCAUUAGAUUUGUUUUUUUUUUUUUACUUUUAACAUAAUGUUGCUUAAUUUUUUUUACUUUUCAUUAAUUUUAUUUUUUAUUAUAAUAUUGUAUGUUUUCUAUAUAUGUGUAGUAUAAUAAAAUGAAAAUAAAGGCAUCUAAAUUUUAUAAAUGUGUGGUGUGCUAAAUAUGGCAUGCACUAAACUUUAACUUAUAACUUCAACACUUUUAACUUUGUAAUUUUUUACUUUAAAUUUGCUAUAGAAAAAUUUUUAUCCCAAUAAAAAAAAAUCAUACAAGGGGUUAAUUUAAUGAAUAUUCCAUUUAACUUUUAUUUCAUAAUCUUCAAUUCAUGAUAUGGUAAUAUGUAAAUUAAUUGUUUCAUUUUUAGGUCCAUUCAUUUCCAUAAUAGAUCUAAGUGUUGUAACUGAUAUUUUUAAUCAAAAUCUACAUUAAAGAAUUAUUGAAUAUUCAGUUGUAAUUAUUAACUAAUAUAGUUUAAAACUUAUCCAACUAAUUUUAUAAUAAUUAUUUUAUUAUUUUACUUAUAAAUAAUAAACACAGUGUGAGAUUUGUUCAGUGUAAUAAUUUUAUUAUUUAUAUACCACCCAUAUUAUUGAAAAUUUAAAAUGUCUGGAAAAUUUCUUUUACAAAGAAAUGCGUUCCCACUCAUAUUUCUUAGUUGAAACAAGUGAUGCAUUCUCAUUUAUCAUUCCUUAUUGUCUUAAUAAAUGUAUUCCACAUGAUUAUAAUAUAUCUUCAUCAUAAUGAUUCAAUUUUAGAGAAUUACUAUUGUAGGAUAAAAAAAUGUAAUAUCUUCAUGGAAGGGGAUAAAAAUACUCCAUGGUAUGACUAUCUUUUUGUAAGAUCUGACAAAUGGGGUAGCAUCAGGUGUUCAGCCAGUUUAAAAUUCUGUCAGGAUGAGAAGUUCUUUUGGCUGACCCCAAGUAUUUCAAAGGAGAAGAAAAAGAAGUUUUAAAAAUAUAACAAAAUUAAAUUAAUGACAUACAAUACAAAUUAUCUACAUCUAUUUAUUCAGACCUUAGAUUCUGGGAAUAAAGGAAUUAAAAUUAAACUAUUUAUUCCUUCAAAGUUUUAAGUAUUUUAUUUUAAUUAAAUCUUUUUGAAUUAAGUUUUUUUAUCCAAUAGUUUAAACUGGCUCUACCACUAAGUAAACCUAGUUUAUAGUUUAUACCUAAAUCUAAUAACAACUAUAUAAUUUAUUUACCUAUUAUUUAUUCUAAAUUAUAUCUUUUACUUAGUAUUUAAUAUUAUACAUUAUUUUCAGUUUAUAGUAACAAUUAAAAAUUAUAAUAAGUACAUAAAUUAUAUUUAAAUUUUAUAUACAUAAUAUAUUUUUAUCUAAACAAAAUAGCUAGAGACAGAGAUAUUGCUUAUUAAAUUAUCAUUAAACUAAAUUAAGGGCUACGUAAAAAAAAAAAUAAUAAUAAAUACUAUAAUUAUAAUAUUAUCAUUUUGCUAUUUGUUUCUGGCAAAAUUGAUCGAGUUAGGGCACAAAGACCACAGUCAGUGAUAUAACAAAGGUUUAAAUAUAUGAUUUAUUAUCGUUUUAAUAUAGUUCUGAAACUUUGAAACUGCAAUACUGAACAUUUUAGACCAUGGACAAUUUAUAAAAAUAAUACUUUUAUAUUUUAAGUAUUGUUUUUUUUAUAUAAUUCACAUUCAAAUAUUUGUAGAAAAAUUUUUGAGCUAUUUAUAGACAUUUUAAUUUUGUUGAGUUUUUUACAUAAUUUUUAUUUGAAAGGUACUGUGUAGAUGAUAAAUUGUUAGACUUAACAGAAAUACUUGAAAAUUUGAUAAGAGGCUUAUUAUAAAUUCUUUUGAAUGGUAAAAAAAAAUUAGUUUAAUGUAGUAGAUAUAAAGCUUUAAAAUCAAAUAAUUUUUUUAAGUUUUCAAUAUUUUCAAUAAUUUUAUUUUUAGCAUGGAAGGAGGUGAAUUAUUUCAACGAAUACAAGAACACAACGAAGGAGCAUUUACUGAAAGAGGUAAUUUGAUGAAAUUAUGAUAUAUUUUUUUAAAUAAUUAAUUAUGCAUAAUAAUUGUCACAAAUAAUUAACUUAGGCGUUUUCUGUAAAUAAUAUAGAAGCAGCACAUAUUAUGACAGAUAUUUGUUCAGCUGUCAAGUAUCUACAUGAUCUUAAUAUUGCUCACCGUGACUUAAAGCCUGAAAAUCUCUUAUACUCUAAGCCUGGUAAUAUACUCCUAUUAGCCUUACUUAAGACAUUUUACUUUAAAUAUAUACUUUAUUUUUAAGAGUAGGUACUAAUAUAAUAUUUUUAUUUUCAGUAUUUUGAAUAUUUUAGACACUAUUUACAUGUAAAGUAGAUCGAUAUGUAUUAUAGUAUUAUUAACAUAGUUCUAAUAUAUGGUAGAACAACUUCCUUGUUAAAAAUAGAUUGCUGAGGACUAUAGAAAUAAAAUGGCUGCAAUAAGGUAGAACCAAUCAAAUUUGAUAAAUUUACCAGAGAAAAUUUAAAUAUUAUUAUAGUAUGUCAUUACUUUAGUAUUACUAUUCUUAAAAUAACAUCAUAUUUCUUAAUAUAUAUGCUUUUUUUUUUUAUUGGAAAUUUAAAAUCUCAGUAACUAGAUCUAUUAUUAGUAUUGUAUACCUAUAUUUAUUUAAUUGUAUUCUGAUAAAUACAUUGACAUUGUUCAUUUUUUUGUAAUAAAUAUCAUAUUAUUACUAGUUGCAAAGAUGGAUUUACACAAUUGUCGUCCCUAAGUAAAUUUUAUUUUAUUGUCCCAUUAAACUUGUCAAUAAGAAAACAAAUUUUUAAGUACUUAGCAUAACUACUAAAAAAAAAAAAAAAUCAUAUAAACUGUUCUAAUCAAACAAAUAUUGUUUAUAAAAUACAGUGUUUACUUAUCAAUAAUAUCUGAAAUUUAAGUCUAUCCGCCUUGAAAGUUGUGUUGAAAAUAAUCGAAUGUUUAAUCAGAAUAAACACAUGGAUAAUACCUAUUCUCUACUCUGUCGCCCUCUAUUUCAUAGUCCUGAAGAAAAAUAUUAUAACAAUUUUAUCUUUCAGGUAGAAAAAAUUUAUAUGUUUGUACACCUAGUGUGUAAUAACUAACACUUGAUAAAUAUGUAUAAAAUUAAAUUAAAUUUUGGAUUAUGAAAAUAUAUUACUAUAAAUUAUAGGCAGGUAGUUUUCUUCAAUUGUAAAAAUUAAAAAUUACCUUAGACAAUCUAAAAAAAAACUAGUAUUCUUAAUAAAAUACUGGUUUAAACUUGUCAACAGGGCAGCUACCUACUUUGCCUGGCACUAAAUCCACCACUGACUAGUUAUGUCCUAUUAUUGUAUUAAAUUUAAAAUUUAAAUACUUUUUUCAAAAUAAAAAACUGUAUACCAGCCAGUUGCACUGUUUUAUGGAUGGAGGAUAAAGCUAAUGAUUAAUUUAAAACUGUGAUUUAAACAUCGAUUUUAGUAAAUAAAUAUGAGAUUAUAAAAUCAUGAAACAAUGAAGAUAUUACAAUAAUUAUAAUUAUUACUCUUUUUUCUUGUGUUUACUCAAUGAUAAAACAAUUACGUUUGUUUUUUUACAAAAACUACUCUAAAUAGUUCCAUCUUAUGAGUACCCAAGCCAUUUUAAUUCUAUUCUCAUCAGCAAUCAAAUUUUGAUAAGGAAGUUGUUUUACCAUGUAUAUAACCUUGGGUAUUAUAUAAAAUAAAAUAAUUGUAUUAUAUUCAUAAAUAUAGGUAAUAAUGUAUUUGAUAUUAAGUUAACUAUACUAAUAUUGCUAACAACAGUUAAUACCAUGAUUAAAAGUAUAUCUUUAAUUGUGAUUAAUACUUUUAUUAGUGGUUAAAAGGAAUUACUUAAAAAAAAAAAUAAAUGUUUAUUUACUUUAUUUAAAACAAAUAUGACUUCUAGUGUUUACAAUAUCAAAAAUCAUUAAAUAAACAUUUUUAAAAAUAAAAAUAUCUUUUCUUUGUAUUAUUUAUUACCUUUUUUAUUAUUUCAUGUAUAAUAGAUUUUAGUAUUUUUUGUUUUAAAUGUCCCUAAAAACAAAUGUUUAUGCUGUAUUUGAACAAAGCUUAAUAUGCAUGUAUAUUUUAUGAAAAUGAACAAAUUUAAUUAUUUUCCAAUUACCAUUAUCUUGGUCAUCUCAUUAACUAAUCUAAUCAAUUUUAAUUUUAUUAUUACUGAAUAUUUGUAUUUAUUAUUAUUUUUUUAAAUUUAAAAGUAUAUUAUUGUAAAGUGAGGUUAACCAUAUGAACUAUAAAUAUUGUUAUUCUCACAGUUUUCUGUAUUUAACCAUUUUAACAAUUUCAAGUUAAGCAAUGCAUUUGUUUCAAUUAUUAUGAUUGGCAAACAAAUAUUUAUAUCCUUAAAAAAUAAAUUUUAUUAUAAUGAUAAAUACUGACAGUUUACUUUUAUUGGGAAAAAAUGGUAAUUAAUAAUUUUUGUAUAGUGUAAAUAUUUUCUUUUAUAAAUCAUUUUAACAAAGUUUUAUACAUUUAAAUUAGUUUCUUUUGCAAAAGAAAAAACAUUAAAACUUGUAUAUCCUAUGGAAAUCAAUACAAUUUUCAUUAAAUGCAUAAAUGAUCAGACACGUCUAAUGAUCUACAAGCAAAAAAAUGACAUGUAAAACAGUUAACACUUGUAAAUAAUAAUGAAAAAUAAGUUUUAAAACAUAACUUCAAAAUAUUAAAAAGUUAUCACCAUAAAAACCUGUAUUUAGCCUAGCCCAGCUUAAUCAUUUGGCUUGAAUUACCUAGUUAUGUUGACUCUCAGUAGAUGUUAUACAAAGAUCUAAAAUUAUGUUGUUUUUUUUUUAAGUUGCCCCAUAAAAAACAUAAUUGAAUAAUAUUUUAACUAUAGCACAGGGGUAAACUAAUUAUUAAGAACAAAAAUUAUUUCAGUGCUCAGAUCUUCAUGUUACCUCUAUAUAUUUCUUCAUUUCAUCUAAUUUUGUAUCUUUAAGUAAAAUUAUUUGUUUUAGGUCUACACAUCUUUAUUAUUUUAAUUUAAAUACCAAAUUUUAAGUUAUUUCUAAAUGUAUAAAAAUAAAUUCUUUUGAAGUAUUGGUUAUUUAUUAUUUUUUCAUGUUUGUUUUAUAAUAUGGCGUACUUAUAAAUAUUUAACUUUAAAAAAACAUCUAUAAUAGUUAUUAUUUGUCUUUUCAGGUUCCAGUGGUAUUUUAAAACUAACUGAUUUUGGAUUUGCUAAAGAAGUAUCACAAAAAGCUCCGUUAAAAACACCAUGUUAUACUCCUUAUUAUGUUGGUCAGUUUAAAAUAAUAAUAAUAUACUAAUAUAUUUAUUUAUAAAUUAUUAUGCACUUUAUUAUAAUUAUUUAUUAUAUGUUUGUUAUAGCACCAGAAGUUUUAGGCCCUGAAAAGUAUGACAAAAGUUGUGAUAUAUGGUCAUUAGGUGUUAUUAUGUAUAUAUUGUAAGCAUGUCAUAUAAAUUAGACAUUUUGAUAAAUGUCUAUAUUGUUGUGUUUAACCCAGGUUUUUUUUAAAGUUGUUAUUUUGUGUUAUAGAUUAUGUGGAUUUCCUCCUUUUUUUAGUAAUCAUGGUCAAGCUAUUUCGCCCGGCAUGAAAAAUAGAAUUAAAACUGGACAAUUUGACUUUCCCAGUCCUGAAUGGGACAAUGUGUCUAAUGAUGCUAAAACUCUCAUAUCCAGUAUGUUGUCCGUUGAUCCAUCAGUUCGCCUUACCAUCAAUCAAGUAGUGAAACAUAAGUGGAUUGCAGUGAGUAUUAUAUAUUUUUUUUAAAUAAUACUUUUCAAUGAAAUUAAUUAAUUUUGAUUACUAAUUAUCACUAUAAUAAUUUAGAGGUAUACUGAAGUACCUCAAACUCCAUUAUACACUGGUAAAAUGCUUAAAGAGUCUGAAGACGUGUGGCCUGAAGUCCAAGAAGAAAUGACCAGAUCUCUAGCCACAAUGCGAGUAGAUUACGAUCAAGUUAAUAUUAAAUCCCUGAAUAAUUCUAAUAACCCAUUGUUAAAUAAGCGUCGUAAAAAAGGUUCAUCAAGCAAUGCAUUUUAAAACCCGAUUUAGAUCCAUUGUUUUAUAAUUUAAAAGUUUUAUUUUAACAGCAGUAUACAUUAUUACUUAUUAGUAGUUUUUGACUCUUUUUAUUAUUUAGUUCAAAUCUUAAUUAAUAAUCAAGGUAGAGUUUUAUUUUUUACAUGAAACAUUUUGACUUUUAGUAUACACUAUGCCAAUAUUUGGUUUUUUCACUAACGAUUUAUUCCUUGUUUUAUUUUAUGUACUCUAUUAUUAUUUGUGUGUUUUAGCACUUAAAUUUAAUGAUGAAGUGAUAGAAAUACUUUUAAUCUUGAUCUAAACUAUAAAUUAAGCGCAAAAAAACAAUGUUUUAAUUUGGUAUAAACAAAUUGUAUUACUUAAAUAGAUUUAACAUUUUAUUUAAUUAGUAUAAUUUACAAAUUAUCUCUUUUUAUGAGAUAUGUCAUUUUAUUAUUAAUUAAUUAGAAUGGAAACUCUAGAUAAAUAAAUUAUCAACUGAGAAAUGAAGCAUUAACAUCCAGUAUAAUAAUUAUACAGAUUUAAUUAAUUAUGUGUUGAUAAUUAUUAUUAAAAUAAUAACCUACAUUGAGUUACUAUAAUAAAUAGUCAAUUAAUACUUAUAUAUUUAUAUAUUUUCAAAAUACUUUUGAUGUUAGAAAUCGAAACUCUUAUUUUUAUGCAAUCUAUUAUAAUUCAUUUGUAUUUCUUUAAAGGCAUUAUAUUAUUGUAUUUUUAAUUUUUUUAAUCGCUAGUUAGCCAAGAUAACUAAUUAUUACUUAAAAUGUUUUAACAACCAAGUAUUAUUAAAUAUAAUACUUGUAUUAAUUAUUUGAACAAAUAUAAAAAUAUGAACUUGGAACUUGUGUCUCCUACUACAAACUUUAAAACUUUUAAUGCAUAAUUUAUCAAUAUUCUUUGUUUAAAAUAAAUGUUAAUAAUAUUAUUAUUUAUUAUGUAUAAAUUAAAAAUUACCUAUUUUAUUGCUCCAAUGGUAUUGGUUGUGUGAACAUUACACCUGUUAAAAAUUAUCUACUAUUUUGAUUAUAUAAAACAAAUUGUAUAUUUUUUCAAAAACUGUAUACCUAUGAUACAUUAAUGUUAGUGGCGUGUUGCACCAAUGUGUACUUAUAAUUUAGAAUGUCGCUUAGUCAGUGAUGCAUAAUGGUACAAAUAUGUUAUCAAUAAAUUAUACUGUGAAUGUAAACAAAACACCAUAUAGUAACAUUUAAACACCAUAUUAUUGUAUUUAUUUAAAUUGUAUCUAAUAUUAUGUUAAAGUUUAUUUAAAGUUUAUAUAAGAACUAAGAAUGUUAAUUAUUAUCAAGAUUUUAUUAAUUUUAUUUUAUCAAUACAUUAGCUAGUGAUCCAUAUUAUGGGCCAGUAUAAGACCAUUUAUAAUGCAAUACAAAAUAUUUUAUUAUUUCCUUAUUUAUAAAUCUUAAUUACUUUUUUUUUUUUUUAUAAAUGGAUAAAAAUUAACCAAAAACAUUGUUUUUAAGUACCCACACAUUAAUUAUUUUACAUACCAGUAUAUUUAUAAGGGUACAAGUUAAAUUUGUAUAGAUUACAUUAAUAUGAUUAAUAAUAUUUUUAUUGCUGAAUAAUAUUAAUCUAAUGGAACAUGUACUUAAUUAUUUAAAAUAAAAAACAAUUAUGAUUUAUAUGGUAUACAUAGUAUAUUUUUAUUGUUGGUCUGUAAACAACUUUUAUACUAAAAUCUUUCAAUGGUCAUCAAC